GACAUGAAAGGACAACUUAUCUUUGGUAUACUUCUCCUCGGAGCUCAUUUCGGAUUUUCUUUUCUGAAUGAACAUCAAAGAAUUAUCAAUGGCAACUUGGCCGUUGCCAAACAAUUUCCCUAUCAAGUUUUCUACGAUUUCCUUAAUGUCUCCAAUCUUCAUAUGCCUAGAUGGGCAAGAAAUUGUGGUGGAAGUUUAAUAUCCAAACGAAUAAUCCUGACGGCAGCACAUUGUUUUGAUAAACCAAAUUUGUAUCCUAUUAAAAUAUACUUUGGUGCUGUGGACAUAUCGAACCAACGCGAAAUCGGUCAACAUCAAUUGUUGGUCAAUCGAGCCAACGUUGUUAUUCAUGAAGAAUAUGAUAAAGUUAAAAUUUAUAACGAUAUUGCUCUCAUUAAACUUCCCAUAGAUAUUGCCUUUAACGAGUACAUAAGACCAGUCAAGUUACCCCAAAUUGGUAUUAUCUACCCAACUGAAGCAAUUGCUUCUGGUUGGGGAUCCAUUAGAGUUUUAGCUAAUGGAACCGAUAUUUAUGACUAUAAAUUAAGGUAUUCCCAUAUGCAAAUUUUAUCACACGCUGAAUGUAUGGAGCAACUUCCGGAAAAAUUUCCUUUUUCCUCAAUAAUUUGCCUCGCUCCAAGUCAGAACGCACCAUGCCGUGGAGAUUCGGGAGGACCUCUAACUGUUAGCCAUGAAGGGGACAUUGUCCUGCUUGGCAUUACAUCUUAUGGCAUUACUGAAGACUGCACAGAUGAAUUUCCUGAAGUAUAUACGAGGGUAGCAUCAUAUCUCAAUUGGAUUCAUGAUAACGCUGGUGCUCACAACUUAGAAGUGUGAAUGAACUAUCGUAUAUCAAAAAUACCUAUGUAUCCUAUCUGGAUCCCUUUUUCUGUUUUAAAAAAACAUAAUAUACACUCCUAUUAUUCCAAAUAAAUUAUCUUACAUUUGCAAUGA